UUGUCAUCUACUCCAGAGACAAUCAGGACAAUGUCCUACGUUUUUGUCAACGACUCUUCCCAGACAAAUGUGCCGCUGCUGCAGGCUUGCAUUGAUGGAGACUUUAACUACUCCAAGCGACUGCUAGAGAGUGGGUUUGACCCAAAUAUUCGUGACAGCCGAGGCCGGACUGGCCUUCACCUUGCUGCAGCCAGGGGAAAUGUAGACAUCUGUCAACUCUUGCAUAAAUUUGGUGCUGACUUACUAGCCACUGAUUACCAAGGUAACACAGCCCUUCACCUGUGUGGCCAUGUGGAUACCAUCCAGUUCCUGGUUUCUAAUGGACUUAAAAUUGAUAUUUGCAACCACCAAGGUGCAACACCACUUGUUCUUGCAAAACGAAGGGGUGUGAAUAAAGAUGUGAUUAGACUUCUGGAAUCUUUAGAGGAGCAGGAGGUGAAAGGAUUUAACAGAGGAACUCACUCAAAGCUGGAAACGAUGCAAACUGCUGAAAGUGAAAGUGCGAUGGAAAGCCAUUCCCUCCUUAAUCCAAACCUACAGCAAGGUGAAGGAGUUCUUUCCAGUUUCCGUACGACAUGGCAAGAGUUUGUGGAAGACCUGGGCUUCUGGAGGGUGCUGCUCCUGAUCAUUGUCAUUGCUCUUCUGUCACUGGGAAUAGCAUACUAUGUUAGUGGGGUGCUUCCUUUUGUAGAAAACCAGCCUGAACUGGUGCACUGAAGCAAAUGCCAAGUAGUGAGUGCACUGUGCUUUUCCCUGUUGUAAUCUUACUUUGAGCUUCUUGAAGUCAUUUGGUUGGUGCAGGCAGUGGCAGCUGUAUAUACUGUUUGCUUUUUGUACUUACUAUGAAACCCUUUGAAAGAGGGAUUCAUUCAUUUCAAGUAAAACACUAAAUUCUAAAGCAUUCCCAAGCUACCUCUGACUUAUCUUGACUUGCAAGUAAGAUGUGAAGAUAAUCCUCUCUGUUGAUAAAAAUUAAUAUUAGAGAAGGCCUUUCAUAAUGAGUAUUAAAUUCCUGAGUGUGAAAAAUGUAUCCAAGUACAGAUCCAAAUUUGAUUUAUUUUCUGUAUGAAAAUGGGUAAAUCUAUUGUUGCAUUUUUU